GGCAGUUGCUCUAUCGAAUUCCCUUUGAUACCAUGAACCUUGCUUUCAGUCUUACAUUCCUUCUGCAGCUGACCACCACUCCCUCCUGUGUGUUGAAGGAUAGUAAAGACACGGUCAUGGUACUUGUUACAAUGCAUCGAGAAAGCACACAUAUAAGACUGGACAUGCUCAGUAUUCCACCACGGAAGCAUCCACCCAACAACUUCAUCGGCACGACGAACAUUCGAGCAAAAUGAGGUUAAUGGAAAUGAACACCACAGUAGCUGCAGUAGCCGGUUACGCUACAAUACUGGCUGAGCCGCUCGCUGAGCCGCUUGUUGCACCCUUCGUCCCCAUGGAAGCCCCAGGACGCGUCGGUGCUGCCUUCACUACCAGUGCGCCGGGUUCCAGCAACCUGAUGGCUGAUUCACGGUAUGGGGGCUGGGGCUGGCCAGGAAAUUCACCAUCAGCAGUAUCUUCGGCCAGUCGAUGCUCCACCACUUAUGGCGCAUCGGCUCCUCCCUGGGGAGCGUCCACCGAUUACUUCACCAGCACGUCGUACGCAUACAGGGUCAAGACAGAGGUUCUGACGCCCAAGCCAUCCACUACAAGUGUUUCAGCCACCUCGACAUACACGCAGUGGGAGACAGCCCCAAAUAAUUUAACAAAGACAGUCUGGACUGAUACAUACACCUGGACGAACUACCUGACGACGACUGCAACCGUAUCGGAGACUUCCACUAUCACUACGUCUGUUCUCUCCACAACUACAGUUCCCACCCCGGACGGAUUUACUCCAGUGGCAGCUGUUUACCCUGAGGCAGCAAAACACGUGGACGACUGGGGCGACCGCGACAACUGGGCUGUCGAAGAUUCGUACUGGCAGGACGAAGGGAACGACCCAUGGAUCCUGCCUCUCGCCGCCAACACUGCCCGGGAAGGUGCACUUCUUGACGCAGCAGUACCUCUUAUCGCGGAGAGUACGCCGGUGCGGACUGACCAGGCAUCCAAAGUCGAUUGCCUAGUUACCAUGAUCAACAUCUAUGACUCAGGAACUACCACCUCCAAAUCGUUUGUGUCUCCUCCAACAUACACUCGCACGAAGUACGUAGCGACCGAGACCACUACAACAACUGUGACAACCAAGAUCAACCCUACGGAAACUCCGUAUACGUACACAAUGGCAUCAGGUCUAGAGAUCAAGUCAUGGUUCACAGAGACAACUACCAAAACGGAAACGACCACAACCACGGAGUACCCCUCGUCAACCACUACAGAGUAUGCUGCUUGUGCCACAGACAACGUUAUCGACACAUACGAAGGCUUCCCGCUCAACAAUCUCGCCAAAGACUGGUACAGCAAGAACAGCACCGUGACCGUCAUCCGCUCUAGCUGGUGGGAGUUCCAGAAUGUGACAGCGUGCUGCAAUAACGCUUCUCAAUACUCGAACGCCAUCUUCUACAAAUACGACGGCACUUGCGAGGUCUUCUUGGACGACCAUACUAAUACCAGGUACAAUGCAAGCGGUAAGAUUGAUGUUGAGGUCUGGUACGAGCCGAGAGAGCGUGGUUGGUGGGGUCCUUCCGUGGGUAAUGGACCGCGCGGAAGUAUCAGCUUUUCGUCUUUGUGGCUGUGAGGAACACUCGAUUGUACCGCAGUCGUCGGUGACGAUCAGUCCUAGUUUUUGGAAAGGCUUUCUCUUGUUCAUUCUGCUGUUUCCGCGGAUUCAUUAUCUUUUCGUCCCAGC